AACGUAUAAAAACCCUUUUAAAAUUAUUGCGUGAACCAUUGCUAUUCUUCGCCUGACAACAUUAUGAUUUGGAGGGUAGUACUAUUGCUUACUUUAACGGCAUGUGUAUUAACGGACGAGCACGCUCGCUCCGAGCAGCGUGUGGUCCGGCACUUUGGGCCUGAGCACCAAGGACACCACGGCGAACUCGCGCACAUUGGUGAGAAUGGCCCGGAACAUCAUGAUAAAUACGCAUCGUCAUUCCCAUCGUAUGAAUUCGCAUACAAAGUGAACGACCCGCACACGAAGGACUACAAGGGACACAUUGAAAAGAGACAUGGAGACGAAGUUGUGGGCGAGUACUGGCUGCGACAGCCUGAUGGUCUCAAGCGCAUCGUCAAAUAUCGCGUCGAUAAGAAAAAUGGUUUUCAAGCUCAUGUACGUUACGAACCAUAUCACGACGGUCAUCAUAGCCCAGCCCCCAAGCCUGUCGUUGAACAAGUUGAAGAACCCAAACCAGAAAAAUCUAGGCCACGGCAUGACGAACGUAAGAAAAAUGUGGUAGAAGUUCGCCAUCAUGUUCACCAUCCGCCGCCGAAGCACCAGCAUGAUGAAGAACAUAAACCUGUCCACCAUAAAAAACCAAUUCACCAUGUUCAUGUGGAACAUAAAAUUGUUCAUCAUAAGCAUAAGGAACAUGAACCUCCUCAAGUUGAAGAAAAUAAACCCGAAAAAUCUGAACCAGAAGAACAUAAACCAGAAGAAAGUAGACCAAGACACGAUGAACACAAAAGCGUGAUAGAAAACCGCCAGCGCACUUACCGUCUGCCGUUAAAGUCCCAGCGCGAAAAACCAAUUCCACGUAUUCCAAUGCAACAUAAACCUGUUCAUCAUGAUAGGGUACAUGAGCCUGAUCAUGUUAAAGAACGUGAACCAGAAGAAGAAAAUGACGAAGAAAGAGAAGACGUCCAUCACGAUGAUCAGUACACAAAUAGGCAUCAUAAUGACGACAAUUUGCCACUGUUUAAAUUGGACCCUGCGCGUCAUUAUCUUGAGAAUUAUCAUGCCAAGCCUCAUCAUCAUGCACAUCAAGACAACAGGCCUCAUCAUCGUGUACACCAAGAUGACAGGCCUCGUCAUCGUGUGCACCAUCAUGACAGGCCACAUCAUCGUGUGCACCAACAUGACAGGCCUGAUCAUUUGGAGCAAUGGCAGCAAUAUGUUGUACACAAAGCUGGACGUAUUACCGAUUUAUGGAAAAACGAAGCUCGUCGCCGAGAAGACGAACACCAUAAAUUGCCCCACGUGCCUCUGUACCGGCAUUACGAACCCUACUAUGGCCACCACCAACGCUACUACAGGAGCAACGGGAAGUCCAAGAAGAACGAAUAGGCUAUUUGCCAUCUGCAAUACUUAUUUUUGGAACGUAUAGAAGCAAAACUAUUUGGCGACCAAAGUGUGAUCCAAAAUUUUACAACUGCACUUUAGUACUUGUUGUAGUGUAAUUAAACUUGAACCAGACAAAUUUUAAAUCAAUUUUAUUUUACUUUAUUUAUUUUACAUGGCAAUUUAUUUAUUUCCUU